AAUGUACAUGCAGAUAUGGGCACAGAGGCCGCGAUGAUGACUUGGGUGAUGCCUGGCUUGGACCGAUUGCGAUUGGACUUUGUAGAAGCCGGAGAAAAGGGUUCAGCUGAGGAGCUGGAACAGCUUUCCUCUGACCUUCGUCAACGCCUGGCUAACCACAACAGUCCUACUGGGUUUGACAUCAAUGUGCUUAGUGGCUGGUGGGCAAUUGCUGAUGCAUAG